GUUGCCGUCUGGCAGUCUGAAGAGUACUGUACUCCACAGUGAAGCUGAGCGAAGAUGCGUUUUCUCGUCUCCUCCGUGGUCCUGCUCUUGUUGAGCACAGCCGCCCGUGCCUGGCUGUAUGACACGACUUCCGUCGACUGUCUCCAGUCAGAGUGGAGUGAGUGGAUGAAGGUGGGCUACAACACCCGCCUGCGUUCCAGGGUGAUCCUACGUCAUCCGUCAAACGGCGGGACGGCUUGUGGUCCAAACGAAGAAACGGAGCAGCUGCCUGCAGGCGAGACCAUCACACCCCAGGAAACGGCUCGGGCCUUCGACACGUUCUUCCUGAAGGGACAGAGUACCACUAGCCGGAACCCUGGGAAGGAGCGAGACCUGCUCAUCAUUCUCGAUGAGUCGGGAAGUAUUGGACUUGAAGUCUUCAACGACGCAAAGGAGGCACUGGCUAGACUGUUGGGCUACAUUUGCCCCGGUAUAGGCCCGUCCUAUCCAUACCACCAGAUCGCGUUCAUGACGUUCAGCUCGUCCUACACAGAGCACUUUGACUUCAAUGACUAUGGGACUUACACGGGCGUGAGUAAUGCGAUUAGGCAGGUCACUUAUUCAGAUGGCGGCACGAACACUCACAACGCUCUUGACUACGCCCGGACAACCAUGUUUGCAAAUGGCGACUUCAGCGUUUCUAGUUCUACCAAGGGUCUGAGGCCAGGUUCACUGAAGGAAGUGCUGCUGAUCACUGAUGGGCGGCCCAAUAGCGACUCUCUGACAGAAGCAGCGGCUGAAAGGCUGCGAAACAUUGGCGUUUCUGUGUUUGCUCUGGGCAUAGGCAACGUUAUCCAAAGCCACAUGGAGCAGCUUAUUUCGGAACCAGAGUACAAGCACAUCUUCCACCUCGACUCUUUUGCGGACUUCCACACCAUGGUGGAGUCUGUGGAGUUGGUCUACAGUGGUGGUGAGAGAUGCGUCAACCUCAACCCGUGGAGCCGCCGUAGAAACGCAUGAGCUUUCCCUUCGGCCCAACAACGCUAACACAGGCAUGGUAAUCUCCAAUUUGGGGUUGAAUAAAGUAUUGAAAGC